GGGUGUAUUCCGUUGCCUGUCAGCUGUCCUCACUUGUCCCCUAAAACACUAACAGAUAAAAUGGCGUCCGAAGGCAGCGUUGCAGAAACCCAAGAUGAGAAAGCAGCUCUUGUGGAGACGAGUUCCGAACAGGAUGUACAGGAGCAAUGCAGCACAGUUGCGAAACAAAGCGAGUCUAAGUUAACUCUGUAUCACUGGACGCAGUCUUUUAAUUCUCAGAAGGUGAGUGUCUUUACGUUUCAGCACCACAGCUCAAUGGACAGCUCCCCACCUCAGCUUCAAUUUACAAACUGAGGUUCAUGUAAUCCAUAAACAGUAUUCUUAAUUGAGAAAACUGCAAGAUGAAACCUAGUUGUUAUUCAUGAAUGGAAUAGUAGUAUUCAGUUCACCCAGACUUCAUAGCUACCUGUGGUGAGUGUCAUUACUGCUUGACAAAUCUGUGCCUCCCUUAUACAGGGGUUGGACAAUGAAACUGAAACACCUGCCUAUUUAGUGUUGGAGGUUUCACGGCUAAAUCUGACCUGGAGGCCAGUCUUCAUUAAUUGCACAUUGCACCAGUAAGAGCAGAGUGUGGAGCUUCAAUUAGCAGAGUAAUAGCAGUUUUGCUCAAAAUAUUGCAAUGCACACAAUAUAAUGGGUGACAUAUCAGAGUUCAAAUGGGGACAAAUUGUUGGUGCAUGUCUUGCUGGUGCAUCUGUGAUCAAGACAGCAAGUCUUUGUGAUGUAUCAAAAGCCACGGUAUCCAUGUCAGCAUACCACCAAGAAGGACGAACCACAUCCAACAGGAGUAAAUGUGGACGCAAGAGGAAGCUGUCUGAAAAGGAUGUCGGGGUGCUAACCCGGAUUGUAUCCAAAAAAACAUAAAACCACAGCUGCCCAACUCACUGCAGAAUUAAAUGUGCACCUCAACUCUCCUGUUUCCACCAAAAGUGUCUGUUAGGAGCUCCACAGGGUCAGUAUACACAGCCAGGCUGUUAUAGCCAAACCUUUGGUCACCACUUGGUUUCAAUGGUGCCAGCAGCGAAAAUCUUGGGAUGUGGACAAUGUGAAACAUGUUUUGUUCUCUGAUGAGUCCACCUUUACUGUCUUUCCCACAUCCGGGAGAGUCGGGGUCUGGAGAAGCCCCAAAGAAGCGUACCACCCAGACUGUUGCAAGCCCAGAUUGAAGCAUGGGGGUGGAUCAGUGAUGGUUUGGGCUGCAAUAUCAUGGCAUUCCUUAGGCCCCAUUGGGCGCGUCACUGCCAAGGACUACCGAACCAUUCUGGAGGACUAUGUGCACCCAAUGGUUCAAACACUGUAUCCUGAAGGUGGUUCCGUGUAUCAGGAUGAUAAUGCACCAAUACACACAGCAAGACUGGUGACAGAGUGGUUUGAUGAAUAUGAAAGUGAAAUUGAACAUCUCCCAUGGCCACAGUCACCAGAUCUAAAUAUUAUUGAGCCACUUUGGGGUGUUUUGAAGGAGCGAGUCAGGAAACGUUGUUGUCCGCCAACAUCACAUAGUGACCUGGCCGCUAUUCUGCAAGAAGAAUGGCUCAAAAUCCCUCUGGCCACUGUGCAGGACUUGUAUCGAUGCUGUAUUGGCCGCAAAAGGAGGACCUACACCAUACUAAUGAAUCAUUGUGGUCUAAAACCAGGCGUUUCAGUUUCGUUGUCCCACCCCUGUAGGUCCACAAUACAUUCAUUUAGCCUACUUAAGUGGAAGCAAAUCCUCUGUGUGUUAUUGUUGCAUAUAUGUGCCAGUUCUAGUUCUUCCAGUUCUCAGAGGUUUACAGGUAUGAGCACUUUAACACCUGAAUUUUAACACUCUUCUGUUUUGUUUAACAGGUGCGCCUGGCCAUAGCAGAGAAAGGUCUGCACUGCGAGGAGUAUGAUGUUAGCCUACCUCUCAGUGAACAUAAUGAGCCCUGGUUCAUGCGCCUGAACCCCACUGGAGAGGUUCCGGUACUGGUCCACAAUGACAAUGUCAUCUGUGAUCCAACACAGAUCAUGGACUACCUGGAACAGAAUUUUAAUGAAGGUAUUUACUGACUGUUUUGAUGGACUGAAUAAGUUCACCAUUCUUCUUCUUUUGAACAUAAUUUCUCCCCCUUUUAAGAAAUUCUGUUGUGCUGAAACAUUGAAUUUUUUUUUUUUAGUUUCUAUUUACUUUACAUUAUUAUUUUGAAUCUGUUUAUUUUUCCCUUUUAAAUAUUUAUUUUAAUUUUCCAUUCUUCCUCAGUUUCUCUUCAUUGAUCCAUAAUAACUUUGUUUCAAGGGUUUCAUCCAGUUGCAUUUAAAGAAGAGAUAAUCUGGUAAGCAUGGGACUAUUUAAACGCAUAAAAAUGAUGAAUAACUUCUGCUGGGAUAUUAAAAACAUACUUUUUCUUGCCAUAACCCAAGGACAGCCUAUUUUCAGCCUAGUGCUAUUUCCUGAGGCACAAAUGAUCUCUGUUUUUGUCUGUAAAGGCACCCCAAAGCUCAUCCCUGAGGAGGGCAGCACAUACUAUCACAGAGUUCAGCACUACAGAGAGCUGCUGGAUUCACUACAGAUGGAUGCCUACACCCAUGGCUGCAUCCUCCACCCUGAGAUCACAGUGGAUUCCCACAUACCUGCAUAUGCAGCAACAUGUAUACGAAGUAAGACACACUGGGAUGUAUUUCAAAUUACCUUGUGCAUGCAAAGACAUAUAUUUUAGACAUGUAUUUGAAGAAUAGAAUGAAGAUGAAAGUUUUAGUUAUUCUCUUACAUAGCUCUUUUUCUUUUCGUUCGACAGCACAGAUCGUGAGCACACAAACCGAGCUGAAGAAACUGGCAGAGCAGAACCCAGAGCUAAAAGACGCUUAUGUAGCAAAACAGCGGCGCUUGAAGGUCAGUUAUUCAAGUCAGCAGAGUGCUGAUGAAGUAGCACUUUUGUUUUUAGUAAUUUACACUGGAGGUUUCUGCCCCAGCACAUGGAGCAACACAACAUUCUUGGCCAAAUUGCUUCCCAUGUGUCAAUGCAUAAGUAAAUUAUUUGAAUAGUGGCCUAAAAAUUAUCUGAAAUUUCCACAAAAACACACCCAACCAGACAGCCAAAAACAGAGCUUCAUCAAAUUUCACAAAGCCUGCUGCUCAUGAAAUACCUGUUUUGGUAAUAUGCAGACUCUAGAGCCCCUCAGCACUUUUACCUCAACCUUUGCUGCAGAAACACAGCUUACCAGACAGCUAAACCAAGAGUGCCACAUCAAAUCUGAGCUAUUUACAACAGGAGAUGCAGUAGCUUUUCUUAGCCAAACAAAAUUAAUUAACUGAUUUUAACCAGAUAUUUAAAAUUUAUAAAAUGUAUGUUGAUUUUUGUGGCGCAGUUGCUUUACAAGUGAAAAUUAAGAUGCAGUUUAUAGUUCGAUCUUCCUCAGUGAGUGGAUGGACUUUAAAAACAGGCUAGGUUUUAUCUGCAGUCUGUUAAAAGACACAAUUAUUUUUAACUUUGUCGCUAAUUUAAACUAACUUUGACAAAAAGAAGUGGCCUAAUGUUAAAAAAGUGAUAAUUAAACAGAUUUUUUGUGUUAUGCAGUUUAACUGAAGGCUUAAAAUAUGUUGAAAUGUACGAUAGAAUUUAAUUUGCACUAAUAAUUCACAUGGAAAUAUCUCUCUAGUCAAAGUUGUUCGACCAUGACAACAUGAAGUACCUGAAGAAGCUUCUCGAUGAGCUGGAGAGUGUGAUGGAUCAAGUGGAGACUGAGCUACAGAGGAGGGUGGAAGAAACACCAGGUACACACCACAACAGCUUUUCGAAUUCAAAUUUCUGUCUCUGAAAGUUUUCAAAGUGCAAUGUUUUUCUUACGUGAGCUGUCUUCGUUUCUUUCUCUUCCUCUCACAGAAGAAGGCAGUCAGUCCUGGCUGUGUGGUGAGUUCUUCAGCAUGGCCGACGUUUCUCUGGCGGUCACCUUACACCGCCUCAAGUUCCUGGGCCUUUCCCGUCGCUACUGGGGCAACGGUAACCGUGUGAACCUGGAGACAUAUUACGAGCGUGUGGUGGAGCGGCCGGCCUUCAGGAGGGUGCUGGGCCACGUCAACAACAUCCUGAUCUCUGCUGUGCUCCCUGUGGCGUUCCGCGUGGCCAGGAAGAACGCGCCAGUGAUUGUUGGCACUACUCUGUUGAUAGGUAUCCUUGGAGGGGCUACAUACCUCGCUUUUCUGUACAUGAAGAAGAGGCUGACCGUGUCCUGCUGAGGUUGCCAGGGAUAGUUUGAAAGGUUUUGGGACUGAAUGGGAACUAGGAUGAAGAAAAAGACAGAAUUAUAUGAGAAAUAGCAUCUAUGACAUGGUUUAAAUGUGAGAAUAUAAAAUAUAGAGGAUUUAAUCUUUCAGCUGGCAUCUUUAGUAUGUCGCUCAAAGUCUUGUUUUGAUUCUGCUGGUGCACAAAAUGCGCUUUCAGUCCUCCUGAAUGUGACUGCUGCAUUGCUUUUACAUUUGAAGGAUCACUUAAAAAGGGGCAUUUUAACACAAUUUAGUUAUUUUCCUCACAGCAGCGUUUUCAAAUGGUAACAGGUAUGACGAAAAUAGAUAGACAUGUAAUAUUUUACUAUCUGUGUUGCAGCAAAUGAAUGCAUAAUUCCUGGCUGGUGAAAUAGACAAAAAAGGUAGAAAAUUUCAAUUCUGUUAGCCUUUGUUUAGCAGAAUAAAAGUAAACUGAGACAAAUGGAAAUAUGAUUGUCAAGAAGAAAAAAAUCUGAAAAUGUGAACCUUUUUUGAUUUAUUGGGAUUGAAAAAAAAAACAUGAAUUAAAAAGUCAUUAUGGGUUUUUAUUGCUGUAAUUUUGUUUCAUGUUUCCAAUAAAUGCUUUAAUGUGACUCAAUAUUUCAUUUUCAUCUAUAUUGGCAUAUUAUAUAUUCUAAAAAAAGGGCACAAGUAGCCUGCAACCUGCUUUCUUUGUCAAAGUCUGAGAGCAUUUAUAACUUUUAUCUCAAGCUUUUAACAUCCUGUGCACCUAUACUUGUAUCUAGAUUUGCUAAUUGACCUUAAGGGGCUCCUGUUAUCUCACCUACACUCCUGGUUUACUGUAUGACUGAUGCAUGGUGAGUUAAAAUGAUCUAUGUAACAUCAGCUAAAUGAAUGCUCUCACAAUCAUUUACACCAUCUGUUUGAAAUUAAACUGCUCCCAAACAAUCUGCUGUGUUUCCUCUCACUUGGAU